AGGGUCAGCAUUGGCUUACCGAGGAUCAUCAAACUUUUUUCCCCUGCACCUGCAGAAUUGGAUUAUUGGAUCCUUUGUUGAUCUGGAAUCUCGAUACUGAUUGCCGAUCUUUUGUUUUGCGUCUGUAAAUUUACGUUUUGAAGAAUACUUAAACUCUAUGAAGAAAUGUAUAUUUUAUAGUGUAUCUGCACUUCUCUAUCCUUUACCUACUAUCCUUCCUUUUUCUUUUCCUAGUUAGUUUGGCUCCACCCAUAUUUUUAUAGUGAAAUUUAAUAUCAUGCAAAGUGAAAUUUUAGUCAUCAUAAUUUUGUAAAGUGAUUUUAUAUUCCUCAACAAAUUCCUCAACAACGUUUUGCAGGAGACAAGAAGUGGUACUGUACGUAUUGUAUUUUCCGAUCUUCUAGAAACACCUCGCCUUUGACUUCCUAUCUACGACAAUAUGAGUGACCUAGAAGAAGAAACCGUCGCUGCUCCGGGCGCCGAGACGACGGCUGGCAAGAAGAAGCGUAAUAAGAAGAAGAAAGCAGGAGCUGAUGGAGCAGAUGCAGCUGCUGAUGGUGCGGAUGCUGCCAAGCUGGGUGAAUCCAGUGGUGCUACUAAUAAGGAUAACGACACAGCUGCUGUACAAGAUGAUGAUGCCUCUGGAGACGAAGCUGAGGGCGACGGAAAUGUUGAUGCCGCAAAGAAAAAGAAGAACAAGAAGAAGAAAAAGAAAGCUAGCAGUGCAGCUGGAGGAUUGCCAGCCCAGGACAACUCCGCCUUGCGGUGUCUCGGCAACUGGAGCGCCCAACCAGCACUGAAGCAGAGCUGGCCGCCAACCGUGCCAGUCGCGUCUCUGUACGAAAGCGUAGAGCAGUAUCCUAGAGGGGAAAUCAUGCCCUACGAAUACCAUAACCAGGGAUGGAGAACGACGUCAGCAGAGAAGAAGGAAGCAGAAAAACUUGGAGAGCCAGACUAUCAGAACUUCAGGUACGACGGACAAUUUAAUUAUGCAUAUUUUGUGACUGAAUUUCAGGUAGCACAACUAUGCAAUACUGAGUAGUAUUCGACUGAAGUUCAAGUUUUUAUGUUGAGAAUUAUACGCCAACUCCAUCGAAUUAUAAAAGACCUCUAUUCAGCAGGAGAAAAAAACUCCAAUUACCACCUGCUUGUUAACUACAGGAGAGCCGCCGAAGUGCAUAGGCAAGUGAGAAGGUAUGUGCAGUCUUUUGUGCGACCUGGCAUCCCAAUGGUGGAAUUGUGCCAGAGGCUAGAACAGAAAUCUCUAGAACUCGUGGGCAAGGAUGGACUUAAUGCAGGCUGGGGAUUCCCUACAGGCUGCUCUCUGAACCACGUCGCAGCUCACUACACACCGAAUCAUGGUAGUUGUUUGAUUCGAAGCUUUUACGGUCGUAGUUUUACAGUAGUAGUAAUGAUACUUCUCCUAACUAACAGAUGAAAUUAGUUACAAAGUACAGUAUAAUGAUAAUCUUCCUAGUCCUAUGUAACAGAAACAAUUUACAUAUUCUUCAAGACGAGCUGCUCCUAGCAAAAAUUACUGACGCGGCCACAUCUCCUUCAAAAAAUCCCAGGCGACAAGACGGUUCUGUGUUACAACGACGUUUGCAAGUUGGACUUCGGAAUUCAAGUUGGCGGACGAAUCGUGGACUCUGCGUUCACCAUCGCCUUCAACCCGAAAUAUGAUAUGGCCAUCAAAUCCACCCAAGCUGGUACUAACGAGGGUCUUAAGCAUGCGGGUGUCGACGCACGGUUCUCAGACAUCGGAGAAAGGAUUCAAGAAGUUAUCGAGAGUUAUGAGGUACCGCAUUUCCAACUUUUAUUUGACAGAUACAUAGAUGUAGCCUGUUAGCCUGAGCCAAAAGCAGUGGGAAGCUUGUAAUCUCAACUAUUUCUAUGGAUUGGACUGAAUUUGUCUACAACUACUACAACUACAACUACUUGGUAUUGGUUCGUACUCCCACUUAUUUACAGUGUUGUUCAGAAAAUUCCACCUAAAGACGUCAACAACUUCUACUAGGUCGAGCUGGACGGUCAGACUUUCGCGAUGAAGCCGGUGCGAAAUUUGAAUGGGCACAGCAUCGCACCUUAUCAAAUCCAUGGCGGCAAGUCAGUGCCUAUUGUGAAGACAGGCGACGAAACCAAGAUGGAGGAGGGCGAAUUCUAUGCUAUCGAAACAUUUGCGUCUACCGGAAAAGGGUAUGUGAUUGAGGAUCUGGAGUGUUCGCAUUACAUGAAGAUUUUCGAUGCGAACAAGGUACCUUUAAGGGUGAAAUCCGCUAAGGCGCUGCUGCAUGGGAUUGAUCAACACUUUUCGACACUGGCCUUCUGCCGUCGCUGGCUGGAUGACGUGGGGCAGGCACGGCAUUUGAUGGCCUUGAGAAACCUGGUAGACAACGACCUAGUGCAGCCGUACCCGCCACUGUGUGACGUUAGAGGCAGUAUCGUGACGCAGAUGGAACACACGAUUUUGAUAAAACCAACAGGCAAAGAAGUAGUCAGCAGAGGAGAAGAUUACUAGUCGUGCCGAUGUUGUAUUGGGCCCAGUGGUCUGUUUAUGUUUCACCAAAAAUGAAGAUCAUGAACAUAUUUCUUGAGUGGUUGUUUGUUGUACUAUCGUCGAACGGACUACGCUUUCCUCGAUGAUUGGGGUUCUCUACGCUUCCACACCCCUUUAGUACUGCCGAGCUUACAUUGAUUUCCUCAUCUAGUCCGUGACCCCACAUGAGACAUCUAGUUUGAGGAUCCCUCGUGAUGACCGUGCGCCUUACGCGACAAGAACCCAGACACGAGCUAUAAUUUCAUUUGCCAAGCAAUAACAAGCGAUGUUCAAGGCGACAAUGUUGUAGUUGUUGACAAAAAUUCGAGAAGUACUAAAGCUACGGUCAUUAAAGCGACGACUUUUUUUUUGAUUUUCAAGUUCCUUGGUCUUGGUCCUACAUCAGAGUUUGUAGGAAAAUAAGUUAAACUUUUUAAUAGAAC